AUGAAGACAUCAUCGAUUCUGACUUGGGCAGGUCUGUUAGCCUCAGUCAAUGCUCAUGGAUACCUGACCAUUCCUUCAAGUCGCACUCGACUUGGUUUCGAGGCUGGCAUUGAUACCUGCCCCGAAUGCUCCAUCCUUGAACCUGUCUCUCCUUGGCCCGAUCUCGAAGGACCUCAAGUUGGCCGAAGUGGCCCAUGUGGCUACAAUGCCCGAGUUAGUGUUGAUUAUAACAAGCCCGGCGAGCACUGGGGCGAUAUCGUCGCCACAUAUACUGCAAAUCAGAUUGUCGAGGUGCAAUGGUGUGUCGACAACAAUGGCGACCACGGUGGCAUGUUCACCUACGGUAUCUGUCAGGAUCAGGCUCUAGUCGACAAAUUCUUAGAUCCAGACUAUCUUCCAACCAACGAGGAGAAACAAGCCGCAGAAGAUUGUUUCCUGGAGGGUGAGUUGAAAUGUACAGAUGUUGCCGGACAGGACUGUGGCUACAGUCCAGACUGCUCUCCCGGUCAACCAUGCUGGCGCAAUGACUGGUUUACUUGCAAUGCAUUCAGUGCCGACAACCGACGCGGCUGCCAAGGUGUGGACGGUGCUCAAUUGAACUCCUGCAAGACAACUAUCGCCGGCGGUUACACUGUUACGAAGAAAAUCAAGAUCCCAGAUUACGACUCUGCCCACACUCUGCUGCGCUUCCGAUGGAACUCUUUCCAAACGGGACAGGCUUAUCUCCACUGUGCUGAUAUUUCCAUUGGAGGGGGUUCCGGAGGAGGACCGGUUACGACCAACACGGCUACAACUUUGACCACUACGACGACCAAGACAUCCACUACCGGAGCAUGUGCUACUCCUGCCACCAGCGUCUCUGUAACUUUCAACGAGCUCGUGAGCACGGUAGUGGGUCAGGAUAUCUUCCUCACAGGGUCAAUUAGCCAGCUGGGCUCUUGGUCUACCUCGUCGGCGAUCGCUCUGUCUGCAGGCUCAUACACAUCGUCCAACCCACUGUGGACUACCAGUGUCAGUCUUCCCGUUGGUACUACCUUCGAGUACAAGUUCUUUAAGAAAGGAGCGGACGGUAAAAUCACCUGGGAAAGUGAUCCCAACCGCAGCUUUACUGUACCAGCAGCCUGCGCUGGAACUGCAGUCACUGCGAGUACAACCUGGCGAUAG